GCGGUCAAUGCAUUUAUUCUGCACUUAUAUAACAAUGGCUUUAAGGUGACUGUCCCUCAAGUGACCACAAAUGGGAAAUAUUUAUCGUUUCAAGACAUCCCAUCACCAGAUGAACGAUCAACACGAGUAGACAUUUUGAACGAGGGGUCAGAGGGGACAUAUGGGGUCCGGCUAUUGGAGUUCAUAAGUGGGAAGCUGUUAAAGGAUGUGCCCUUUACUCCCGAUAUACUCACAGAAUGUGGUCAAGUGUUGGCUCAGAUGACUAUCGCUCUUCAGUCAUUUGAGAGCCCAGUGCUAAGAGUUCGUACAUCCAGUUGGUCUCUACUAAGUGUGUUAGACGUCAGACAAUAUUUAGAUGCCGUCCAAAAUUUGGAGGACAGGGCUAUAGUGUCGGCCGCUUUAGAUGAGUACGAGACCACAGUUAUGCAGCACCUGGAUGAGUUUGAGCACUCAUUCAUUCACGGAGACUAUAAUGAGAUGAAUAUCAUUGUCCACAAGAAUCCCGAUGAAUAUCACGUGAAGGGAGUCAUAGACUUCGGUGAUAUUCACUACGCGCCCAGAGUUUUCGAUUUAGCCAUAUAUUUGUGUUAUUCAAUGCUAUUCUUCACUGCCGGCCCACCCAUACUGGCGCCGGCGUUUGGACUCAAGGGUUACAUGAAGUCCAUUAAACUACACGAAAAUGAAUUAAAUGUGUUAUGCACUUGUAUCAAGGCCAGAUUCUGUCAGUCACUGGUAUUGGGCGCCCAUUCAUACCGUUUGGAUCCGACAAAUGUUUACGUGUUGUCGUCGGCCAAGAAUGGGUGGCCAGCCCUCUUCUAUUUGAAUAGACUUGCCAGAUUCUGUCAGUCGCUGGUAUUGGGCGCCCAUUCAUACCGUUUGGAUCCGACAAAUGUUUACGUGUUGUCGUCGGCCAAGAAUGGGUGGCCAGCCCUCAGAGCACUACAUAAUAGCGAUCCCAAACAAUUGCUCAAUAAGUGGCUUAAUAUUGAACAACAUUUC